AUGUGUCUGAUAUUCACCUGCGGAGAGCACACUUUUCGGAAACAAGUAGAAGGGUACGAUGGCGUCGUCUGCCGCUGCCAACGCUGCGGCAACUACUCAGCCCAAGUGAUCAAGUCGAACCCCUGGUUCACAUUCUGCUUCGUCCCUGUGAUUCCACUGUCUAUCAAGGGCUACGAGGAGGUCGCCUGCCCCAUCUGCAACACCCACCAGCCGCUCCAGCAGCGUCCUGAUGUGCAGUCCAUGAAGAGGGAUGCCGCAGGAGGGGGCGUCCCAUUACAGCAGCAACCACCGCCGCAGCAGGGUGGGCCGGAGGGCUGGGGAGGACAACAACCUCCGAGAAACGAUGGGAUGAGGUACGGAUAG